CUUCGCAAUAUCGGCCUCCAUGUCCCCCAACAACAAAUAUUCUAUGGGCAUGUAACAUAGCUACUGUGGUGGCAGAACUGCCAAAUAAACAAGAUGUGUAUGUACAUACAGCUUCUGGGCCAGCCUUCCAGGCAGCUAACUAGUUUAUUAUAGCAAAAAUCGAUAAGUUGUCCAUCCUUGGGGUGAGAUCUUUCGACAACAUACGCAGCGAGACGAUACAGUUCCACACGCCAUUAACGCUCAUCGUGGGGUACAAUGGCUCAGGAAAGACGACAAUUAUUGAGUGUCUCAAGUACGCUACAACGGGACAACUACCUCCGAACAGCAAAGGCGGAGCUUUCAUUCACGACCCCAAGCUCUGUGGUGAGAAGGAGGUUCUUGCACAAGUCAAAUUAUCCUUCAAGGGCACACAAGGCGCCAGGCUGGUCGUCACUCGAAGUUUACAACUCACGGUCAAGAAGACGACGAGAUCACAGAAAACCUUGGAGGGCCAGCUGUUGAUGAUUAAGGAUGGCGAGCGAACUACGAUAUCUUCUCGGGUUGCGGAGUUGGACCAGAUUAUGCCCCAGUAUUUGGGAGUAUCUGAGGCCAUUCUGGAUUCCGUGAUAUUCUGUCACCAAGACGAGUCAUUAUGGCCCAUGAGCGAGCCUUCGGUGCUCAAGAGGAAGUUCGACGAGAUUUUCGAAGCUCUGAAGUACACCAAAGCGAUAGAGAAUAUAAAGACCGUCAGAAAGAACCAAGGCAUCGCGUUGGCAAAGCACAAGAUGUUCGAGGAUCAGUACAAGACGGAGAAGGACAGAGGUGAAAGGGCAGAGAAAAAGUCCAUUCAGCUUCAAGAUGAAAUCGAGAAGUUACGCACUGAAAGCGAGCACCUUACGAGAGACAUGCAAGUUGCACUGGACAGCGCAAGGGAGAACACCAAGCAAGCUCAGGAGUUCCAAGGCAUUGUUAACGAAUUGAAAAACAAGCGUUAUCAAGCUGAACGUCGCCGCGAGGACGUUGAUGACUUGAAAGACAACCUCACAGAGCUCCAAGAGUCAGAUCAGAAACUUGAGGACAUGCUUGCACGGUCCGAAGAUACCAUGGAAACGAACAGAGCCGAAGAGCAAAGCUACCAGGAAAGUUAUGCUGAGCUUCGGAAGGAGCUUGGACUCUGCAGACAGAAACAGGCUGGGAGACUUGCCGAACAAGGGCAGUACAAGGCAGAAAAGGAGAACUAUGACCGUCAGAUUACGGAUCGUGAGAAACUGGUAAAAGAAGCUGCACGAAAACAUCAGGUCCGAGGAUACGAAGGAGAUAUCGAUGAUGGUCUAAUAAACAGCUUUAUUGACCGGAUGGGAAAGCUUGCCAAGGAUAAAAGUCGAGAGCUAGAACGCAUCCAACAAUCCUUGGAAGAUGACCUUCGUGAGGCGCAAUCAAUUUUGACUAGUUUACAGAGUCGUCGCUCAGCAUGCACGCAAGAUAAAGUUAAUGCCAGGCAAUUGGUCACCGACAACAAUAAACGCAUUGUCAGCAUGCAAGACAGUAUCGGAAACAUCCAAAUUGAUGAAGGAGAAAAGGCUAAAUUAGAAUCAACCCUUAGCGAACUCCGAGAGAAGCUAAACAAGUCCACCAACGACGCAGAGCAAUCUGGGUGGGAUAAGCUUCUUCAGUCGGAGAACUCGAAGCUUCGAGAUUUAGAAGUUGAGAGAUCGAGGUUGAAUGACCAACUCGUGCAGUCUAGCCGUAUGGCAGAAGACCGUGCCCAGCUCGACUACUAUAGAAAGGAGCUCAAGGACCGCCAGCGAAGCCUUGACACCAUGAAAGCCACAUAUGGGGACAAGCUGUCCUCUAUUGUUGGUGACGAUUGGAAGGCCACUACUUUGGCCGCGGACUUCCAGGAUGCACUGGACCAGAAGACCUCCGCCACACAAGAAGCACAGAUCCAGCGUGAUGUUACUGUCCAGGAAAUGCAACAAGUGGAAUUUAAGCUACUGACUGCCCGAGACUCCCGGAAGCGAAAGCUCGAGGAAAUGAAGUCUUGUGAAAAGGCUGUGCUUAACUCAAUUCUGAGUCCCGAGGGCCAGGCUUUGCCAACCAUAGAAGACUAUCUACCAGAGCUUUCAAAGCUGGAGAGUGAUCGUGAUCUCAUCAAGUCGGAUAUCGAUAACUUCACUCACUUGAACAAGUUCUGGUCUGGGUGCAUAGAGACCGCCGAGCGGGAAAAUCAAUGCCAUCUUUGCGAUCGGAAGUUCCAGCCAGGAGAAAAGUCUGCGACCAUAUCAAAGCUAAGAAGCAAGCUCGCCAAAGAUGCGAGAGAGACUCUGACGGUGGAAUUAAAAGAGAUGGAGGAUAUGUGCGGUGAUGCCCAGGCUGUUCGCUCGCAGUAUGAGACGCACGUACGGCUUAGUACAGCGGAACUUCCAGCCCUCGAGAAAGAUAUCAAAAAGCUUGACGAUCAACGCAGCACUCUGAUUAAGCGCCUGGAGGGACAAGAUAACUCCGUGCGUGAGGAGGAGUCCGCAAAACUAGACAUUGAAUCUCUUGCCAAGUCGGUCAGCACCAUUGUCAGAUACGUGACAGAUAUCACUGGGUUCGAGGAACAAAUUGCUUCGAUUGCAUCACAACAGAAGUUGUCAGGCAGCCAUCUCAGCGUCAAUGAUAUCCAAAGCCAACAGGAAAUAUGCAACAAGAAGUCCGACGAGCUUAAAUCACAAAUUGCCAAGCUUGUGAAGGAGAAGGACGAAUCCCGAUCUCGUAUCAACUUGCUAGAGCUCGACCUGCGUGAUGCGGGAAGUAAAAUGGUCGAGGCCAAUCACCAGAUGCAGAGGAAAGAAGAACUAUUACAGCGAAUACAGGAGAUGAAAGAAGUCAAUGCUGGACAACAGGAAGCAAUAAAUCGAGCUGAUAGCAGUCUCAAAUCACUCGAACCAGAAAUAAAGAAUGCCGAAGCUAAGCUCACGAAUAUUCGGAAUGAGGGAAAAACCAAAGAAAAGGCUGUCGGAGACGAAUCCUUCAAGAUAUCCGAAACAGUGAACAAGCUCAGACUUGCAGACAAGGCCAUACGAGACUACAUUGAUGAUGAUGGCCCAGGCAAGCUGAAAGCAUGCGAGCAGUCGAUUAUUGACCUGGAACGGGAAAUAUCGCGGAUUGACGCUGAGAUAUCAGAUGUUACCGAGAAAGCCAACGCCAUAAAAGAGCAGAUCGACAACAGUGAAAGGAUCAAGAGAAAUAUAUCGGACAACAUCAAAUACCGCAAGUUCAAGCGGGCUCUGGAUGUAUUGAAUGCCGAGAUUGUGGAACUUGAGUUGCGGAAUGCCAAUGAAGAUCUCUUACGACUCAGCCGUGAGGCAGAAAAGCAGAACAUGAGGCAUCAAAAACUGUUGGCAAACCGUGGUCCAAUUCUCGGUGCCAUGAGAGCAAAGGAUGAUGAACUGCGUGGCAUUCUUCUUGAUUGGGAGACUGAGUAUAAGGAUGCAGCCAAGAAUUAUCGAGAGUCUCACAUUAAGGUCGAGAUCACCAAGGCAGCUAUCGAGGAUCUGGCUCGCUAUGGAACUGCUUUGGACCAGGCGAUUAUGAAGUACCACAGCCUGAAGAUGGAGGAGAUCAACCGCAUCGCCGGAGAGCUCUGGCAAAGUACAUAUCAGGGUACUGAUGUCGACACAAUUCUCAUCCGCUCUGACGCAGAGAAUGCAGCUGGAAGGAGUAAUUAUAACUAUCGAGUCUGCAUGGUGAAGCAGGAUGCCGAAAUGGACAUGAGAGGCCGAUGUAGCGCUGGGCAGCGAGUAUUGGCCAGUAUCAUUAUUCGGCUUGCCCUCGCAGAAUGUUUCGGCGUCAAUUGCGGGCUCAUAGCAUUGGAUGAGCCUACCACUAACCUGGACCGCGACAAUAUUCGUAGUCUUGCAGAGUCUCUCCACGGUAUCAUCCGAACUCGACAGGCACAGUCCAACUUCCAGCUCAUUGUCAUUACUCACGAUGAAGAAUUCUUGCGAUAUAUGAAGUGUGCUGAUUUUUGCGAUCACUACUAUCGUAUUAGUAGGGACGAUAAGCAGAAGAGCAUCAUUGAGAGGCAAACAAUCACCGAGGUCAUAUAGAAAUUGGCCAGCAGUUAUAUUGCUAUCUUAGAGGAGCGUCAUAAUAAUAAGCU